GAAUAGAAUAGUCACAAGUCGGUAGCGAUGUGAGUCGGACGGCAGCAGCUGUUCGGUACUUGUCUUCGCGCUCUUUCGCGCCGCGCCGCUGGUUACCGCGAAAUUGGACCAAGCGCGUACUUUGCACCCUUUCUAACUCGCUCUUAACCACGUACUUUUAUCCUCCUCCAAUAUUUUCAUGAGUGAUAAUAUAAAAUAGCUUGUCAUUGAUGCAAUCAGUUCAAUGUUUACAUUGUGCCGUAUCAAGCGAUGAAAAUUCAUAACGUGCUUGCAAAUCGUUGGCAUCGGCUGCUGAGAUAGUGUUUCACGAGGUAUUAUGGACAAGAAAGAGCUGAUAGUAAGGUGAUAAAUCAAGAAGAUGCCCGUACUCCGCAACGCCGACCACCCCGCCUCGAAGGCCACCGACUCCGUGGCCGCUCGAUACGGUGUGGCCGUAUUGGGAGCCUGGGCGGCCGAGACAGCUACUUACCCGUUUGACCUGACAAAAACGAGGCUACAAAUACAGUCCGAAGUGGCCGCUGCUAAGCAUGGAUAUAAGUUGGAGAAUCUGGGGAUGAUCAAAACAGCAGUUGGCAUCGCGAAGCAGGAAGGAGUGAUGAAGCUAUGGACUGGUCUGAUGCCAAUGUUCCAACGUCACGCCAUCUACUCGGGUUGUCGGCUCAUCUUUUAUGAACACUUCCGAGACGCCUUGAAAGACGAAAACGGGAAGGUUUCUUUGGGUGCCGCAUCUAUAGGCGGGCUGGCGGCGGGCUCGCUCGCGCAGCUGAUCGCGUCCCCCACGGACCUGGUGAAGGUGCAGAUGCAGGCGGAGGGACGUCGCUUGCUGCAAGGCAAACCCUCACGCUUCACAAAUUGUCGACAGGUCUAUAAGAUGCUUUAUACUGAAGCUGGCAUUUUGGGCUUUUGGAGGGGCGCCAUCCCUAACGUGCAGCGCGCGGCAUUGGUCAACAUGGGCGACCUGGCGGCCUACGACUACAGCAAACAGUUUCUGAUGCGGGAAUUCGGUAUGGCGGACACGGCGUUGGUGCAUGCGAUGGCCGCUUUCACGGCCGGCUUCGUCGCCGCCGUCAUGGGCACGCCGGCAGACGUGCUGAAGACUCGGCUUAUGAACCAACCUGUGGGACCCGAUGGAAGAGGUACCCUGUACCGUGGUAUGAUCGACUGCCUCAAACAGUCCGUGAAGAACGAAGGUAUACUCUCCCUUUACAAAGGCUUCCUGCCGCUGUGGAUGAGGCUGGGACCGUGGGCUUUGAUCAACUGGAUAGCCUUCGAGAAUAUCAUGCUGGCUAUCGGAGGACAAACAUUUUGAUUUCCAUUCAAACUAUACAGGAAUAUUUUGUGAACUGUGCACCAAUUAGCGAUCUUUAGAGGCUUAAAGAGGUGACGGGUAAUGCUUUAGCGCUUGUGUUCUAGCGUGAUUUGAAUCCAAGGAAAUACGUUGCGAAAUAGCCAUGUUUAAAUAACUAUAUUUUCAAUUAACGGAUCAGACGCUGUUUUUAUACCUACCUUCCAUGGGAUUUCAGUCCUAAUUCUUUUAUAUUCGGAUCAAGCGCUUCAAGACUUUCAUACUACAGAGCAUGCUAAAAACUGUGAUGCUGCAGUGUGACGUGAUUUAUAGUUGUCUGCAGUCAGAGCCUAGCGGAGACCAAUCCUUAAUCUAAGCCAUACAGUUUGAGCCGCCUAGCGCAUGAGCGUUGAACGCACAAGCGCACGAAUUUGUCUUCACUCUUUAAAAUAUGAAUGUAUGAGUUUUGCCUAUCUGCAAUUUUAUAAUAUCUUUGGUUUUUUGUGUAUAGUCAUGUAUUUCAAAUAAUACUAGUGCGCGGGUUCCGUGUGAUGUUUGGGUAGUUAAAUACUAAAUAGAGAAUAUCUUUCUAGAAACAAAUAAAAUGCUUACUGUUUGAAUACACGCGUUCAAAUAAAAUAUUCCAGUAUAAACGAGAUGACCACCUGAAUUUUUGAAACAUUGCCACAAUUUUGAAGGUGUCAGCCUUAAUGUGAUAUGUUAUCUGCAUUAAUUUAAGUUUAAAAGUAGGCAUAGGCGGCAAAUAUGAAUAGAGCUGUUAUAACAUUAUAUGGGAUUCAAAUAAAAACAUGACAUAGUUAAAAAAAUUGACAUGGUUAUGCAAAUUCGGUUGUUAGUAGAAUCUCUAAACUAAAUGGACAAAGCAAGAGUGAAUAGGCAUGUUCGUGGCAAAUGCGCUUCAACUUAGUUAGAGCUCAUCAUUGCAAUCCUGCAAUGAAAAGAAAUUAAAAUAGUCAGUGUGGCUCAUUCUGUUAUAGAUAAUCUCUCAACUAAAAUAACAGGUCUAAAUGUAUAGCUAUCCCUUUCGUAAUGUUCCCUGCGGAAAAGGAUAGCAAGUUUAAGACUAAUUGUCAAUUAGUGAGAAUGAAUACAACAGAAUUAAAGCUACAGUAGUAAUAUACUUUUCUGCAUAUUAGAAUUAUACCAUUUUCAUUUUGUUUAGGGAUUUUGUAAACAACCGAUAUAAUUAGUAGGUGUAAAAAAGACAAUAAGUAAAUAAUUAUUAUUUAUUUAUAUUUAAUAAAAAAUAUAUCAAAUUGAGUAUGUGAGGGUUAUACCUAUAAAUUUUGUACCACCAAUUUUAAUAACAUUGAAGGAUUAUCAAAUGUAGGUAUGUGUGCAAUAUUAGGGUAUAUUUUAAAUAGGAUGCAUGCUUUCAUUGUUAAUAUAAGUAUGUGAAAAGCAAUAAGCACAAAAUAUGGUUUAUAUUGAUUAAAAAAAUGUUUAUUACUAUUAUUAUUAUUAUUUAAAAAUGGUUGACCUGUUUCAGGAAAAUGAGAAAAAAUCAUAUAAUAAUAAAAGAUAAUAAAAGUAGCAUAGCAGUCAUAGCACAACUUUAUGUAUAUCUAUCUCUAUUAGUAAUUAGCUGUAAUAAGUUAUUGAAAUCUGCCACAUUUGGAUUAUUGUAAAUUUCAACAAUUGACCACAUAAUAUUAUGUAAUAUAUAUUUUCUAGCUUUAGUUGUUACGCAAAUUGUGUAGAUGUUGAAAAUGUUAAGGUUGCUAAGUUUAAAUAAAAAUGUGAUGUAAUUGUAGUAUUUUAUAGACAUAUUUAAAAAAUUAAAUAAUUUAUUGUUGA